UCGUCGUCAAGAAGGCCACAACAGGUGGAAUUGUGAGUGUUAAAGUGAAAUACGAACAAUGUUUUACACAUUUUCAAAAUAUUCUAUAAUUCUGAUUGUGGUGUUACUAACAUCACCAAUAGCAAAUGGUAGAGUUAUUUCCCAAAAACCCAGCGAAGAUCAUGACCAUCGCAUGCAUCCCGUAUUUCAUUUUGAGACGCUGAAUCGCCUACAAAAGAGAGCUAUGCCCAUUUUGAAUUUUGGAUCUGCCAAACCCGAAGAAGAAUUCUCAGAAUAUUGGAAUGGUGUGGCUCAGGAUCUGCUAAUGCAGCAAUUGAAUACCAAAUCCCAAUUAAACACAAAUAUGGCAAAAAAUGUCAUAAUGUUCUUGGGUGAUGGAAUGUCUAUACCCACUAUAACCGCUGGACGAGUCUAUUUGGGUGGCGAGGAAAAGCAAUUCUCUUUCGAGAAAUUCCCCUAUGUGGGCCUUAGUAAGACUUACUGUGCCAAUUCCCAAGUAGCUGAUUCAGCCUGUACCGCCACUGCCUAUCUGGGUGGAGUUAAAGGCAAUUAUGGCACCUUGGGUGUGACUGCCGCCAUAGAACUGGAUAACUGUCAAGCCCAAAAUGUCACCGAGCAUCAUGUAACCUCCAUAGCCGGCUGGGCUCAGGCUCAAGGCAUGGCCACGGGCCUUAUAACCACCACUUCGGUGACUCAUGCCUCCCCCGCUGGUGUUUAUGCUCAUGCUGCCAAUCGCUUCUGGGAAAAUGAUGCCGAAAUUCUUAACGGCCAUCAGGAUCCAUUGACUUGCACCGACAUAGCUAGCCAACUGAUACAUGGCGAAGUGGGUUCUAAACUCAAUGUUAUCUUGGGUGGGGGCCAAGAACAUUUUCUUCCCCUAUCGCAACAAGGAAAACGUUUGGAUGGUCGCAACCUCAUGGAUGAAUGGCUAAAAAUACAUGGUCCCAAGGCAAAAUAUGUACAAACAAAAGAUGAACUGCAAAAUCUUGCCAAAAACACAGAGCAUGUGCUGGGUCUUUUUGCCUCCAAUCAUAUGCCCUACCAUUUGGAUGCUGAUCCCAAGGAAAUACCUUCUUUGGAGGAGAUGGUUUCACAAGCCCUGGAUAUUUUAGAAGAACAAAGUCAGGGCAGAGGUUACUUCCUUUUUGUCGAGGGUGGGCGCAUAGAUCAUGCCCAUCACGAUACCUUGGCCCUUAAGGCUUUAGAUGAAACCGCCGAAUUUGAUAAGGCCAUACAUUUGGCCCGCCAGAAAACCAGUGAAGAAGACACCCUGAUAGUGGUGACCUCAGAUCAUUCUCAUACCAUGUCUGUGGCUGGUUACUCAAGUCGCAAAAAUGAUAUAGUUGGCAUAAACAAUGGCCAAUUGGGUUUGGACGAUCUGCCCUAUGCCACUUUGUCUUAUGCUAAUGGACCUGGCUUUGAUACAAACAACCUUAAAGCAAAUCUGGGGGCAAGAAGAAAAAAUCUCAAAGAGAUUAACAUGAAAAACAAAGACUAUAUGUUCCCUGCCACGGUCCCGCUGGAAUCGGAAACACAUGGUGGUGACGAUGUUGGUGUCUUCGCCAGUGGACCCUUUGCCCAUCUCUUUACGGGGGUGUAUGAGCAAAACCUAAUACCACAUGCUAUGGCAUAUGCCUCGUGUUUGGGUUCCAGACGUACAGCCUGUGGAGAUGGCUUGCAUAAAGGAAGGCUCUGAGAGGAAGUGUAUAAGGGAAACGGGGGGUCAAUUAAUAUUUAUAUAUCUAGAGACUAAGCUUGUAUCAGUACUUAAUUAAUACUAAAAAUAAAAGUAAUUAAUAACUUCCUUGGGAACGGCGAGACGACUUCAGCCGGACUAUUGGAAUAAAUGCAGAUAAA